CUUGGAAGCCGCUCCCAGAGCUGACGCUUUGAUGGUAUCUGCAAGCGUUUGUGCAGAUCUUAUUUCUGCCCCCUGAAUAUUAAUUCCCAAAGCUGGUGGCAACACAGCAGCUCAGUGACGGGACCUACUAGAGGCAGGUGGGGGGAGCCACCAUCAGAUCAUAAGCAUAAUAAUAAUACAAAGGGGAGGGAUCCUUCUGCAACCAAGAGGCUAGAGGCAGAGGAGGAAAAAAAAACCCUGAUGAGUCCGACAAAUAUAUGGAGCACAGGAAGCUCAGGCUACUCGACUCCUGUAUUUUCACAGAAAAUGACGGUGUGGAUUCUGCUCCUGCUAUCGCUGUACCCUGGCCUCACUAGCCAAAAAUCUGAUGAUGACUAUGAAGAUUAUGCUUCUAACAAAACAUGGGUCUUGACUCCAAAAGUUCCUGAGGGUGAUGUCACAGUCAUCUUAAAUAACCUCCUGGAAGGAUAUGACAAUAAACUACGGCCUGAUAUAGGAGUGAAACCAACAUUAAUUCACACAGACAUGUAUGUGAACAGCAUUGGUCCAGUGAAUGCUAUUAAUAUGGAAUAUACAAUUGACAUAUUUUUUGCCCAAACAUGGUAUGACAGACGUCUGAAAUUUAACAGCACCAUUAAAGUCCUCCGAUUGAAUAGCAACAUGGUAGGGAAAAUCUGGAUUCCAGACACUUUCUUCAGAAACUCCAAGAAAGCUGAUGCACACUGGAUAACCACCCCUAAUAGGAUGCUGAGAAUUUGGAAUGAUGGUCGAGUGCUCUACACUUUAAGGUUGACAAUUGAUGCAGAGUGCCAAUUGCAGUUGCACAAUUUUCCAAUGGACGAACAUUCCUGCCCCUUAGAGUUCUCCAGCUACGGCUAUCCACGUGAAGAAAUUGUCUACCAAUGGAAGCGUAGUUCUGUUGAAGUAGGUGACACAAGAUCUUGGAGGCUUUAUCAAUUUUCAUUUGUUGGACUGAGAAAUACCACUGAAGUAGUGAAGACAACUUCUGGAGAUUAUGUGGUCAUGUCUGUCUACUUUGACCUGAGCAGAAGAAUGGGAUACUUCACCAUCCAGACCUACAUCCCCUGCACACUCAUCGUUGUCCUAUCCUGGGUAUCUUUCUGGAUCAAUAAGGAUGCUGUGCCAGCCAGAACUUCUUUAGGUAAGACACAUUUCUUUGUGUUUUAG